CAGUCAACGCGCUGCUCUCCUAGUGAGCAGAUUUCCACCGGGAGACCAAAGACUACAUAGGCGAGGCACACGACGAGCCGCGGCCGGCCAGAGCCAAGGGAUGCAAGGUCACGUGGGAAGCUUGACCUCUCUAAUGAAUUAGAUUACCAUAAAGCUAGGCAAGUGGUUGCCUAUCCUUCAACUAUCAUCUGGUAAAAUUGCAGUUGUGCACUGGGGUAGAGCACGGCUUGAUUGGCCUUCAGUAGGGAACAUACAACAUACAAACUUGAGGUCGUACAAUUGAGACAGAUGAAAUUGAUCAUUUUGACCAGAAGACGACUCCCUCCAAUCAAUUCCCAACAACCUUUCCUGGUACUCGAUAGAUUCCCUGAGCUGUACUGAUUAUUGAAGAAGCCCUCAACACACCACUGAGGGAAGUCCCACCCAGCAACCCCUUGUAUACAAAAAGGAAGCCCAACACACCAACAGAGGGAAACAGUCACCAAGGAGUCCAGCAGUAAUUAGCUUCUCUGUCUUUAUUGCACCAUGUUAACACCCCGACACAAGAAAGCACUGGUACUAAUUUUAAGUUUACUUUUUAUAUCGUUGGUGUUUUACGUGUAUUACCAGAACAACUAUAAUCAACUUUUUGAUCAACGAACCUAUGAGACCAAGAAGACAGUAAUUCAGGUACACACUACAACAGCAAUAUCUUUCUUGGAUGAGAGAGGAAAUCCAACACCAAGUGGUAAUGAAAGUUCCUAUCAAACAAAUAAGGCCAGGUCGGCUUAUCUGACAUCACAGCAAUCCAGGGCGCCGGUGAUCAAGGAAGGAUGUAUCCCUUACUUAAAGGACCUGUUUGUGGUGCCAGUCCCUCAACACGAAUGUGAUCAGCCUCACGUCGUUAUGCAUGACGGAGGUCGCUUGGGAAACAAUCUGUGUCAGUAUGCCAGCCUCUACCUCCUGCGUCACCUGUACGGAGUCAGGGUGUCCAUAACAAGGAAAAUGAACGCCACUCUCAGCAAAAUAGUCAAAAACAUAGCCAUACCAGUGCAAGACUUCGACUGCUUCACCAGAAAAACAAAACACAUAUCAUAUGAAAACUUGAACAAGAAGCUUUACGCUGCUGCUUUACAAGUCAGGACCAACACAAGCAAGACGAUGAUCACAGAGCCGCUAAUCCAAACGUCUUACUACGUGUACAACAACCCCGCCCCCCGAGACCUGUUGUUUGCAUACCGACCCUUGGUGCGGUCCCUCUUCAAGUUUCGAGACGGCGUGAUGAAGGCAGCCAUAAGGAACAUUGAUGCAGCUCUAAAGCCAUUCAAUGCUACGUAUCAUAAAAGGGACUUCUCCAUUAUCACUGUGCAUGUCAGACGGACGGACUAUACUAGCUUCAUCAGCAUCAGGUACAACUUGACCCAGCUUGAUGAACUGUAUUUCACCAGAGCCUUUCAGUUCUACAAGGAGAGGCUGAGGCGGCCGGUGUUCCUGGUGCUAAGUGACGAUCCGAAGUGGUGCAAGCAAAAGUUGAAAGCCGAGGACGUACGGGUCAUUGCCAGUAGUUCCCCUUCCGUAGACCUGGUAGCAGUAAGUCUCGGUGACCACCACAUCACUAGCUACGGCACCUUCAGUUUCAUCAGCGCCUUGAUGGGCCAGGGGCACAUCACACACCCCAUCAACAACAACAACAAGUACAGGCACACCAUAUGCGUGAACUCGUCAUUUUGGCACACCAUUUCCAGGACAAGUCUUACAAAGUGGACACCUCCAAUGUGGUGCUUUGAUACUAUGGUCGCGCGCCAUGUAGCUCCACUAACAACUCUUCAACUUAAUUUCUAUUACUUCCUCUCCCUCUCCUUUACUCUCUCCUCCUGUGGACUAUCUUCACACGUUACCAACAAAGUUCCUGUCUGCUUCACUGCAAUGCAACACGUUAUUUCCUCCUGCUCCUUUCCUGUGUUGUCAGACUUCUCUCCCCGUCAUUUGUCCUCUCCUUAUCUGUCAGGAUAAAAAGGAGUGCUAUACCUCGCUCCAUCACUAGCCAUAAUAUUCACUCUCCAUCCUUCCUUACUCCUUAACUCUCUUAUAUAAUUAAUUCAUUUUAGUAUCGUUCUUCCUCACUCGCCUCUCCGACAUUUCAUUUUUCGCUACUUUUCACACUCCCGUCUAUGUUUUCUCACCACUUAAUUUAUAAUUUAUUUUCGUGGUAGGUAUAUAUCAUCUCUCUCUCUCUCUCUCUCUCUCUCUCUCUCUCUCUCAUGUUGUCACUCACGCUUAUUAUCACUUGGUCUUUCUUUCCUACAGCCCUUCUCACUUUUAAUUUCUUAACCCACUCACGCUUACUAUGCUUCCCCUUUGACGCAUUCAUGAUCAUCUUCACUCACACAAAACAUUGCCUGCCUCACGUUAUCGACUCCCAAACACACUCGUUGCUACACUGGGAAAAGAAACGAUGCCGUCUGUGUAUCUACAGCGAGUAACUUCAAUAGAUUAGAACACUACCCGAGGGAGUGUGUAGUGUAGGAGUGCGCCAUAAUAGUGUUGGAGCAAUAUAGAAUACGCGUUACUUGCAAACUUCAUUACUGUCACUUUAUUUAACAUACUGCUGCUCAGCGCCCAUUCUAAAAGUUGUGAUGUUGCCUCAUGACCACUGUGAAUUAAUAUGUACCUCUGUAGAUCGCGGCCAGAAUCAGUGAAUAAGUCUGAAUCUCAGUCUCGCUUACAUUUCCAGUGUCUCUCUCUCUCUCUCUCUCUCUCUC